AGUAAGGAAGAAAUUCCUAACCUCUAUCUUUUUUAGAUUUUUGUUCUGUGGAAAGAUAUGUUUGUGAAGAAAUUAUAUACCCGAUUAUUAACACAUGAAAUAUCUACAUUUCCUAUAAACCAUAAAGUGUCAUUAAAGGAAAAUUUAAGUUAUAUUUAUAGACAUUUUGUCUAUCAAACUCUGUCUCAAAGCACCAUGUCAUUGAAAUUAAAUGAUGUUAUUAAAAAAUUAGAAAGUAUUGCUCCCUUGAAUUUAGCCGAAUCUUGGGACAAUGUUGGUCUUCUCGUUGAACCUGAAAGAAAUUCUAAUGUAAAUUCGGUUUUAUUAACAAUAGACCUGACCGAAGAUGUAGUCCAUGAAGCUGCUGAUAUUGGUUCUCAGCUAAUAAUUUCAUAUCACCCUAACAUAUUUAGACCACUAAAAAGUAUUACACAGAGUUCUUGGAAGGAACGUAUCAUUAUAGAAUGUAUAAAAAAUAAUAUUGCAGUAUUUAGUCCUCACACUACAUGGGAUGCUAUGAAUAAUGGUGUGAACAACUGGCUCGCAUCAGUUUUUAAUAUUAAAAGUAUCAAACCUAUAAUACCUAAUUCAGAAAAUUCAGAACUUGGCAUGGGAAGGCUUGUAGAUAUAGUAGAGCCAGUAAGUUUAAAAAAUAUAGUACAUGAUCUAAAGAGACAUAUUGGCAUACCACAUUUAAGACUAGGUUUAGCAAGAGGAAAUUCUUUGGAUACAUUAAUAUCUAAAGUUGCUUUAUGUGCUGGCUCUGGGUCAUCUGUUUUAUCUAAUAUAAAUGCUGAUCUGUAUCUAACAGGAGAAAUGCUUCAUCAUGAUGUGUUAGAUGCUACCCAAAAGGGCAUUAAUGUUAUUCUAUGUAAUCAUAGUGACUCAGAAAGAGGCUACCUUAAACAUUUUCAAAACAUAUUAACAAGUGAACAACUUCAGGUUAAUAUUUCUAAAAUAGAUAAAGAUUGCUUAACUACAAUAUAACUAAGUUUUAAAAUAAAUAUUGAAUUUUGUAUUUGUUGCAAAUGUGCAUGAGAGGAAAAAAGUAUAAGUAUGUUUCAAUAAAACAUUUAUUUACAAUUA